AUGGUGCUCAAUCUACUCGAGUUCGCCAAGAUCAUGCCGGCCAUGGUGCCCGGUAUGGAUGAGUACACCAUCGAGGCUCACGCCACGGCAGAUGACUUUGUGGUAUUCAGCGACACCUACGGUCGAGCUCAGGUGAGUGUAAACCAGAUUGUUGGUUUGUGCAAUGGAUGGGCGAGCAGGCAGCUCGGGUGGACCAGGCAAAGAUCUAAAAUACGGCAGUGGAGCCUUAUUGCAUCUGAUCUGGGCAUGAUCCGCCAACUACAGCAAGUACCCGCUGAGUCAUCGUCCUUCCGGUCGAGACGGAUACCUUCAAAAAAGGGGAUGCUGCUUCAACGAAACCAUCAAAAUGCCCAAUGUCAAGAUGCACACAGUCUGCUUUCGAACCGCGUCGGGGUUGCUGAUGAGAUGAUGAAAUGGGGUCAAAACUAG